CUGAUUGCAGGAGGGAGAAUGACAGGCUUAUCGCCCAGUGCAAAGAUAUCAGAAAAAUCUAGCCAAGAAACCAUCUCUAGUAGGAUUUAAAAUGGCAAGUGGGGGAAUGGCAUCAAAUCUGGCAGAAAAAAUCAGCCGAGAUUUUCUCUCCUGUCCGAUAUGUUUUGAACUCUACGAUGACCCUCGUGCCUUACCCUGCCAGCACAUAUUUUGCCUUGGCUGCCUGAAGACACACACAGGAAAAACCAAAGAGGGAGGUCAAUUCAACUGUCCCAUAUGCCGGGGAGAAACCACCCUUCCUGAAAACGGAGCAGAUGGAUUUCCUCCCAGCACUUACAUCACCAGCCUAAAGGAUCAAGUGUUGGCUGCUGAUGAGAAACCCUUGAAUUGUGAUUCCUGUCUCAGAUUGGGGGAGACUGUUGACGGAACACACAGGUGUCUAGACUGCAAGGACUGGCUGUGCCACCAUUGUAAAAAGUAUCACUCCAGCAGUAAACCAUCAGCAACACACCAAGUUGUAACCAUUGAAGAGUUUCAGAGUGGCCAGUACGUGGAAGAAAUAGCAAAGCGAGAAACAGUGUUCUGUCGACUCCACCCAGAGGAGCCAGUGAAGCUCUUUUGUGAACCUUGUGAAGAACCCAUCUGCCAUUUAUGCACAGUGAUUAAACAGUGCCACAAGGAACAUCUGUGCGAGUCCAUUCCUUAUGCAGUUGAAGAAAAACGUAAAAUUCUCCUGGAUGAUUUGAAACAACUUCAGUCAACAACUCUUCAAAACUGCAAGUGCGAAAUUGAAGCUUUAAAAGACAAAGAAGUCUACAUAAACACUCAACAGAACAAAGUUAAAAAGGACAUAGUCUUAUUCUGCAAUGGACUCAUUGCUUAUAUCAAACAACAACAAGAAAAGCUUCAUGCCGAAGUUGACACCACUUUUGCCAUAGAACAGGACAAACUGAAGGCUGAACUGGAAGAGGUAACUCUUAUAAAUUGUUGUAUUACAAGCACAACUUCAUUCACAGAGAAAUUACUUAAGUUCGGCUCUGACUGUGAGAUACUGCGCUUUCACAAACAACUUGAUGAUCAAACAAAACUGCUAAAUGAAAAAAGCAGGAACCAGAGAAGAAAGCAUACAAAGCCCCCAAUGUUCCUCUUUAAUCCAAAUCCAAUUAUUCAUACGGAAUUAACUCAUGCAACCGUAGGUUAUUUCUCAGCAUUGACAAUGAGAGCAGUCUUGCUGGAGAAAUUCUGCACACAAAGCCCAUCUGAUGUCAAAAUGCCAUACUUGACUGGUAUAUCCCUUGACAGGGACGAUAACAUAUUAUUAGCAGACUGCAACAAUCAAAAGGUCAAAGUUUUGCAAAAGGGUUCAGGCAAGCUCCAAGCAGAGUGGUCUGGAGAUGGAGUGUUUGAAUUAAACUGUCCAUGGGAUAUUGCAUGUAACAACAAUGGUGACAUAGCAAUUGCCAACAAAGGCAAUGACCAAGUGCUCGUCCUGGAUUCCAAGUUCAAAGUUAAGAUGGCCCUAAAAGUAGAAGGUUGCACAGGAGUCACAUGGUUGAACCAGAACUGCCUUGUAUGUUUAGGUCAAAUAGGCAUAGUCACAGUAACUGUAAGUUACAACGGACAAAAAAUGGUUAAAUACACGCAUGAUGCCUGUGGUCAACUUCUAUUUCCUGAUCCACGGCAUAUAGAUGUGUUACCCAACACAGAUGUUGUUGUUGCAGACUGGUUGAAGGGCGCAUGUGUUUUGGCAGAGAACAGCAAGUUGAAAUUCACAUACAAAAUAGGUGAUUUUGGGCAAACAUGGGGCGUCUGUGUUGAUCGAGAUGGCUACAUCUUGGUGGCAAACUGUGGCAAUAGCUGUGUUUCCAUACUGCAUCCAAACGGCAAACUUUUAAGCUAUCUGGUACCAGCUGAUCUCAUUUCUGAACCAACAGGCAUUGUUGCUUACAAUAAUGGGAAUAUUGCUGUUGCAGAGGCAAAUGGAAAUGUCAAAAUAUUCAAGUAUUAUGAAAAUUGAGCAUACAUGUAGCUUAAGCCUUAAGAAUAAAACUUAGCAAAAGAAACUCUCAGCACUUCUGUGUAAGUUUUUGCCACCUGUGUGCGUUACAGGCUCACAUAGUUGUUUUUUAUUUGACUGACUCCUGACAUGGAGAUAGCAACUGAUGAAUUGUUUUUUUUUUUUUACUGGCAGUGAAAAAGAGAAAUUAAGAAUUUACAAACAGGUUUACAGAUCGUGUUUUCUCGACAGUUUUGAACAAUAUAUACCUCGGUGAUAACAGGCAUAUUACGGUCUAAUACAAAACCCUGUAAUUCUAAAGUGUAUGUCAAAUGCUUGACCUUAUAAUGAGUACUGAUAAGAUGCUCAAUUUGAGAUAUAAUUCUAACACCCCUCACAAAAAUUUAUUCUUAGGAACAGUAAAAUGUGUUGUAUUGGCAAUAAUUUUACUUUUGUAAAAUCCCCUUUGGACAAAGCAAAUUCUCUGAGGAAUAUGGCAAAAAUUUAAUAAAAUGCUACCUCAAAGUUUGGCAUCAAAUUUGAAAGAAUUGAACAUAUGAAAAAGCAUGAAAUAUUUUUGAAUUACCUCUUGUUAAAUCAAUUUCUAGAU